UUCAAAAUAAUGUUCUGGACAUUAGGCUUCGAUUAUGCUACCUUUAUCAUUAGUAUUUUGACGUUUUUAUUAUGCUAUUACAUGCUAAGAAGACCGAAGAAUUUUCCGCCUGGUCCUCAGGGACUUCCUAUCGUAGGAUAUGUUCCGUUUAUUGCAAAGAAUCCUGCAGAAUCUUUGCAGAAAAUGAAGAAGACAUAUGGUCCUAUAAUGUCGAUUCAAUUCGGACGUAAAUUUUGGGUUAUCUUGAACGAUUAUGAUUUGAUAAAUCAGGCAUUAGUUAAGCAAAGCGAAAAAUUUUCGGGACGUCCCAAGAACUUUGUGUUCAAUUUGCUAUUCGGGCAAAGAGGGAUAAUUUUUCAAGAUUAUGGACCAACUUGGAAAGCUCUUCAUAAGUUUGGCUUGACAACUCUGAGAGGAUUUGGUGUUGGCAAGAAAGGAAUGGAAGAAAAUAUUAUUGAAGAAACUCAUUUGUUGAUUGAAAAUUUGACAACAAAGAACACUCAAAGUUUACAAUUAAAACUGAUGCUUGCGUCAUCAAACAUUAUCUGCCGUAUAGUAUUUGGUUCGAGGUUCGGUUAUAGCAACAAAAGACUUCUCCAUAUGCUCGAUAUUGUUCGGAAAUUUACCGGGAAUUGUCCUGAAGCGAAUAUGUUGGCUUUAGUAACCCUAGUAUCGAUAUUGAGAUUCAUCCCCCCAUUCAGUGGCGUUGUCAAAUUAAUUUCUUCGGAAGCAAAAACUAUGUCGGAAUAUCUGCAAGAUAUUAUCAAAGAACACGAAUCUACUUUUGACGAACAUCGGCUUCGAGACUUUACUGAUGCGUUUCUUAAAGAAAUAAAAGAUGACAAAAACGAUGAUUCAAUUUUCAAUAAACUGCAGCUCAUCCAAUACAUAACUGAUCUCUUUGAUGCUGGAUCAGCUACAACAAGCAGCACCAUGGGUUGGGCUUUGCUCUGUUUUGUUCAUUACCCGGAAUGCCAAGAAAAGAUAGCAAUGGAAAUUGCCAAAACGUUGGGCGAAGAUGGGGUUCCAUCAAUGAAAGAUCGAAUGGAAAUGCCUUAUACUUGCGCUUUUAUACAAGAACUGAUGAGACACAGAACCUUGUCGCCGUUGGCAAUGCAUAAAACAGAUGGAGAGGCGAUUUUAUAUGGAUAUACUAUUCCCAAAAAUACCACUGUUUGCCCGAACUUAUGGGCAGUUCAUCAUGACUCGGAUUAUUUCAUAAACCCGGACGAAUUCCGACCUGAGAGAUUUCUAGACCGAGACGGAAAAUUUGUCAAAUCAUGUCACGUGAUACCAUUUUCUGUCGGCCCUCGUCGCUGUCUUGGAGAACAACUUGCAAGGAUGCAAAUUUUCCUUUUUAUAACUGGAAUUGUACAGAAGCAGAGAGUGGUGCCGGAUCCUGAAAACCCCAUUCCAUCUUUUUAUGAGGGUGGGAAAAGUAUAGCAUCAUAUGAACCACCGAAUUUUGAAGUCUGUUUUAAAAAAAGAUAACAACUUGAACAUUGUAAAAAAUGAAGCUCUCUAUUACAAAUAAAUUAAUUUUUGUCUAAG